AUGCGAACAAUAAAGUACCGGCACAUACCAGAAAACCACGGUGGAGUCUACCCGAGAUCCUCAUCCCUUACCGACCUCAUCGGCACCUACAACUGCAUCACAUGUUUCCCCAUCAGUAAUACCCACUGCUUCGUUGCCCACAUCAAUGCUUACAUUCUGCCCAAGGACUAUGACAGCCAGCAGCUCCUCGACGACCCCUUGCCGCGAGACUGCAGCGGAAGUGAGGGCGAGGAAGUGAAGAGGAGAGUGCUGGAGAAGCUGCAGAAAGUCAGCGAUGAUCAUGACUUCAAGCCAUUGGAGGUUGAUCUGGCGAGUCUGAUCUUGAUUUGUCCCAGGUACGAUGGGCAGUCGAACACGUCGACUUUUGUCGUCGAAGCGAUUGAGGAGUUUCUAGGCCGUGGGAAGUUACCGGUAGAUCGGACGUGCCAUGGGUUCGUUCACGAUGCUGCGCCUGAUGCGAACACAAUCUACCUCAAGGGUACUUUUGAUGAAUCAAGGGUCGAGAACGGGCGUUGGACAGAGGCUGGAAGGUUUCCUGAUGGUACAGCCAAAGAUCCCGUAAAGUUUUACGCCCUUGAAGAGAGGGCAAAGGGGUGUGGACAAUGGAAGAUCGAGCUGUCGCGAGGUCAAAAGCUCCCCACGGGAUACGCAGGCAAGCUGUUCUAG